AACUCCUAGGGAAGGAAGAAGGAGAGAGUAAAGAAAAUUAGAAGCUAAGAUUCUUUGUAAUGACUUCAGGUAGUGAGUGGUAUGUUUGUGAGUGAGUGUGUAUUUGAGAGGAUUUGGCUUAUGCUCAGGUGUCCCUCUUCUAGUAUCAGCGAGGGGAGGGGCUAUUGAAGAAAGAAAAAAAGAAAAAGAAAGAAACCUGAGCUCUCUGGAAGAAAUUCAUAGGAACCCAGAGAAACGAACUUCAUUCUGCAAGGACUGAACUAGAGCAAGGAGAGAGAGAGGUCAAGGGAGAAGGGUGAGGGAAACACAUACAGUGGGUGAGGUACAGAGGCCACCCUGGCCCAGCACCCAGUGCAGGUAGCCAGAAGAGGUUCUCUUUUGGGGCUGCUUGAAAAAGUUUGGUCCGUGAACAGAACAGUUUGCCCGGUGACUGUGAAUCCACUGCUAGCUGUCUCUUUCUCUUCUCUCCAUCACCCUGGUGUGGUACCCAGAAGUUGACUUCUGGUUCUGUAUAAAGAGCCAGCGGAGGUAUGAUGUGCUUAAAGAUUCUGAGCAUAAGCCUGGUGAUUCUGGCUGGGUGGGCGCUCAGUACCGUCAGCUGUGAGCUGGGCUGGACACGCAAGAGAUCCUUGGCUCAAAGAGGACACCUGAGUCAGGUGCUGUUGGAAGGAGAACGCUGUUGGCUGGGGGCCGAGGUUAGAAGACGCAGAGCUGCUCCUCGGCGUCACCUCUUUGGGGUCUACCCCAGCAGACCUGGGAACUACCCGAGGCCCUACCCUGCGGCGGGUCAAGGAACGUACCAUGCAGGGCGCAGUAAGCCAGACGCCGAGGGAAUGGCUGUGAGCUCUGUUCCCCCACACCUGACUGGAAGUGCAGGAGUGACAAGUGAGGCUGAGCGGCCAGCUGCCCUGUGGGUAGGGGAUGGUCCUACUGGGCAGUCGGAGCUACUGGGAGAUGAUGACACUUAUCUUGGCGAUCAAGGUUCCAAGGAGCCUCUACGUGAGGCUGGGACUCAAGAACACGGAGCCUUGGCUGCCACCAAGAUCACCACCUUCCCACGCCAGAAGGAACCCGGACCAGAGACCCAAAGGAAGGGCCGGACCAAGACCAGGCGUCGUCGCCAGGUGGCGAAGGGGCAGGCAGGAGGUGUGCAGGGGGACCCCAAUGUUGCUCCCCGGCACUUCCAACCUUGGUCUAAGCAUCCCCUUAUGCACGGGGUCAGAACCAGCUCUUCGGAGGGCAGCAUCCAGAAUGGUGGAGGGGACCCCGACUGGGAAGCAGAGACCUUUAGCCCCCAAGGAGGAUUGCCUGUCUUGUACUUCUCUGGGAGGCGGGAGCAGCUGCUGCUACGUCCAGAAGUGCUGGCUGACAUUCCCCGGGAGGCGUUCACAGUGGAAGCCUGGGUGAAACCGGAGGGAGGACAGAACAGCCCAGCCAUCAUUGCAGGUGUGUUUGAUAACUGCUCCCACACUAUCAGUGACAAGGGCUGGGCCCUGGGGAUCCGCUCAGGGAAGGAUGUGGGAAGGCGAGAUGCUCGCUUCUUCUUCUCUCUUCGCACCGACCGCGUGAAGAAAGCCACCGUUAUGAUGGGUCACAGUCGCUAUCAACCAGGCAAGUGGACGCACGUGGCAGCCACUUACGACGGACAGCGCAUGGCCCUGUAUGUCGAUGGCACUCAGGUGGCUAGUAGUCCAGAUCAGUCUGGUCCCCUGAACAGCCCCUUCAUGGCAUCUUGUCGCUCUUUGUUCCUGGGUGGGGAUAGCUCCGAGGACGGGCACUAUUUCCGUGGACACGUGGGCACACUGGUCUUCUGGUCGACGGCCCUCCCACAAAGCCACCUCCAGCACAGUCCUCAGCAGCCAAGCGAGGUGGAGGAUUUGACCACCCUGCUACUGACAGCCAGUUUUGAGCCCUUGGAAGAACAGUGGGCCCCCUUUAGAGAUGGGAAGUACCCACGGCUUGAGGUCCUCCAGGGCUUUGAGCCAGAGCCUGAGAUUCUGUCACCUUUGCAGCCCCCGCUCUGUGGGCAAACAGCUUGUGACAAUGUGGAACUGAUUUCCCAGUACAGCUGGCACUGGCCCCUUCGGGGAGAGAAGGUGAUCCGCUACCAGGUAGUAAACAUCUGUGACAAUGAGGGCCUGAACCCCACCGUGAGUGAGGAGCAGAUCAGUCGGCAGCAUGAAGUGCUCAAUGAAGCCUUCAGCCGCUACAACAUCAGCUGGCAGCUGAACAUCCACCGGGUCCACAACUCCACCCUGCGCCACCGCGUUGUGCUCGUGAACUGUGAGCCCAGCAAGAUUGGCAACGACCACUGUGACCCUGAGUGUGAGCACCCACUCACAGGCUACGACGGGGGCGACUGCCGCCUGCAGGGCCGGUGCUACUCCUGGAACCGCAGGGAUGGGAUCUGCCACGUGGAGUGCAACAACAUGCUGAACGACUUUGACGAUGGUGACUGCUGUGACCCGGAGGGGGCUGACGUGCACAAGACCUGCUUCGACCCUGACUCACCUAGGAGGGCGUACAUGAGUGUGAAGGAGCUGAAAGAGGCACUGCAGCUCAACAGCACUCACUUCCUCAAUGUCUACUUUGCCAGCUCAGUACGGGAAGACCUUGCAGGUGCUGCCACCUGGCCUUGGGACAAGGAAGCCAUCAGUCACCUGGGUGGUGUUGUCCUCAACCCAGCCUAUUAUGGCAUGCCUGGCCACACCAACAUCAUGAUCCACGAGGUGGGGCAUGUCCUGGGACUCUACCAUGUCUUCAAAGGGGUCAGUGAAAGAGAAUCCUGUGACGACCCCUGCAGGGAGACGGUGCCGUCCAUGGAUACAGGAGACCUCUGUGCCGACACUGCCCCCACUCCCAAGAGUAAGCUGUGCCAGGACCCAGAGCCUAUCAAUGACACCUGUGGCUUCACCCACUUCCCAGGGGCUCCAUUCAGCAACUACAUGAGUUAUACAGAUGACGACUGCACUGACAGCUUCACCCCUAACCAAGUGGCCCGAAUGCACUGCUAUUUGGACCUUGUAUAUCAGCAAUGGAGUCAAAGCCGAAAGCCCACCCCCAUUCCCAUCCCACCCAUGGUCAUCGGGCAGACCCCCCUGUCCCUCACUAUCCACUGGCUGCCUCCAAUUAGUGGAGUUGUGUAUGACAGGGUCCCGGGCAGCGUGUGUGGUGCCUGCACUGAAGAUGGGACGUUCCGUCAGUACGUGCACACGGCUUCCUCCCGGCGCGUGUGUGACUCCUCGGGUUACUGGACCCCAGAGGAGGCUGUGGGGCCUCCAGACGUGGAUCAACCUUGUGAGCCAAGCUUGCAGGCCUGGAGUCCUGAGCUCCACCUGUACCACAUGAACAUGACGGUCCCCUGCCCUGCAGAAGGCUGUAGCCUGGAGCUGCUCUUCCAGCACCCAGUCCAAGCUGACACUCUCACCCUAUGGGUCACCUACCUCUCCAUGGACUCCUCCCAGGCGCUUUUUGACACAGAGAUCUUGCUGGAACGCCAGGAGUCCGUGCACCUAGGCCCCUUAGACACUUUCUGUGACACCCCACUCACUAUCAAACUGCACGUUGAUGGGAAAGUCUCGGGGGUGAAAGUCUACACCUUUGAUGAGCGGAUGGAGAUUGAUGCAGCUCUCCUGACUUCUCAGCCCCACAGUCCCUUGUGUUCUGGCUGCAGGCCCGUGAGGUACCAGGUCCUCCGUGAGCCCCCAUUUGCCAGUGGCUUGCCCAUGGUGGUGACACAUCCUCACAGGAAAUUCACAGACGUGGAGGUCACACCUGGGCAGAUGUAUCGGUACCAAGUUCAAGCUGCAGCUGGAGCAGAACUGGGAGAAGCUUCGCCUCCUCUGAGCCACAUCCAUGGAGCUCCUUACUGUGGAGACGGGAAGGUUGCAAGGAGCCUGGGCGAAGAGUGUGAUGAUGGAGACCUUUUGAGUGGAGAUGGCUGCUCAAGGGCAUGUGAACUAGAGGAAGGUUUCAACUGUGUAGGGGAGCCAAGCCUGUGCUAUAUAUAUGAGGGAGAUGGGAUAUGUGAACCUUUUGAGAAGGAAACCAGCAUCACAGACUGUGGCCUCUAUACUCCCAAAGGAUACCUGGAUCAGUGGGCUACCCAAGCUUAUUCUUCUCACGAAGAUAAGAAGAAGUGUCCUGUUUCCUUGGUAACUGGAGAACCUCCUUCCAUGAUUUGCACAUCAUACCGUCCAGAUUUACCAGAGCACCGUCUGCUUACUGGCUGGUUUCCCUGUGUCACCAGUGGAAAUAGCCCUCAGGAUGAAAGGAGUAAGCAGCUAAAAGGUAGCCUGGAGAGAGAGGAUGAGGUCUGGCUCAAAGUUUGUUUCAGUAGACCAGGAGUGGCCACGGCAAUUUUCAUUUUCUUGACAUCUGAUGGUCUGGUGCCUGGGGAACAUCAGCGGCCAACAGUGACCCUUUACCUGACUGAUAUCAGUGGAAACAACCACUCUCUUGGAAGCUAUGAACUGUCAUGCCAGCAUAACCCACUGGUUAUCAAUGUAACCCAUCACUCGAACGUCCUCUUCCACCAUACCACCUCAGUGCUGCUGAAUUUCUCAUCCCCACUGGUGGGCAUCUCAGCAGUGGCUCUAAGGACAUCCUCCGUCAUAAGUCCUUCAGCUUCCAACAACUGCAUCCCAGAGCACAAGGGGAAAAAUCAUCAGGGACAGAGCUGUGUCCAUCGGCCCUGUGGGGAGCAGGGCAGCUGUGUGCCAUUGCUGCUUGAUCACGCGGAAGUGGUGAACUGUACCUCUGGUGGCCCAGGUCACAUGAAGUGCUCUAUCACCUGUCAAAGGGGGUUUGCCCUUCAGGCCAGCAGUGGGCAGUACCUCAGGCCCAUGCAGAAGGAAAUUCUGCUCACAUGUUCCUCUGGGCACUGGGACCGGGCUGUGAGCUGCAUGCCCCUUGACUGUGGUGUCCCCGACCUGUCUUUGGUGAACUAUGCAAACUUCUCCUGCUCAGAGGGAACAAACUUUCUGAAACGCUGCUCCAUCUCCUGUAUCCCACCAGCCAAGCUUCAAGGACUGAGCCCGUGGCUGACCUGUCUUGAAGAUGGGCUCUGGUCUCUCCCUGAAGCCUACUGCAAGUUGGAGUGUGAUGUUCCCCCUGUUAUCCCGAACGCCAACUUGCUCCUGCCUCACUGCCUCCAGGGCAACCAUGAUGUGGGCUCCAUCUGCAGAUACAAAUGCAAACCGGGCUACUACGUGAUGGGAAGUGCGGAGAAUAAAGUCAGGAACAAGUUCCUGAAGAUCCAGUGCCUGGAAGAUGGAAUCUGGGAGCAAGGCAGCUGCGUCCCAGUGGUAUGUGAGCCCCCCUCUCCUGUCUUUGAAGGCAUGUAUGAAUGCACCAACGGCUUUGAGCUCAACAGCCAGUGUGUGCUCAACUGUAACGAGGAAAGUAAAAGGCUUCCCAUCCUCUGCACGAAGGAGGGACUGUGGACCGAGGAGUUCAAGUUAUGUGAGAACCUGCAAGGGGAAUGCCCACCACCCACCUCGGAGCUGAAUUUCGUGGAGUACAAGUGUGAACAGGGAUACAGGAUUGGUGCAGUGUGUUCCCCAUCGUGUAUAAUCCCCCCUAGCGAUCCCGUAAUCCUUCCUGAGAACGUCACUGCUGACACUCUGGAGCACUGGAUGGAACCUGUCAAAGUCCAGAGCAUCGUGUGCACUGGGCGGCGUCAGUGGCACCCAGACCCCCUCCUGAUCCACUGCAUCCAGUCCUGUGAGCCUUUCCAAGCAGAUGGUUGGUGUGAUACCAUCAACAACCGGGCCUACUGCCACUAUGACGGGGGAGACUGCUGCUCUUCCACUCUCUCCUCCAAGAAGGUCAUUCCAUUUGCUGCUGACUGUGAUCUGGAUGAAUGCACCUGCCGAGACCCCAAGGCGGAAGAAAAUCUGUAACUGUGGGAUCAAGCCCCUCCUUCCACUGCCCUGGAGGCAGUAAGAAUCAGAGGCCUCCACAAAAGGAAACAAAGGAUGAAUGAAGAAGAAAGGUCAUGAAAUGAAGGAAGGAAGAAGAACAAGAAGGAUCCUAUAAGAAAUGCAAGAGGACGUUUAUAGGUGCCAACUAUUGCAUCAAGUAGCCCAAGUAAGGAAGAAUCAUAGGCAAACAUUUCUUCAAAGAGGCAGUUGAUUUAAAGUGGAAAGAGAAAUAUGAUAUAUAUACAAGGACCCUCCUUCCCCAUUUAUAUUCUAUCAGAUCCCAUCCUCAACUCUUGCCCUGCCCCCCACUCUGCACCCAGCCAACUAUUCAGCCCCACCCAACUUGUAAACCAAUACCAAAAUACUAGAAGAGAAGUUGCCAGGGACACUCUGCUAAUACCCAUUUUUAAUGGAUGGCCAUCUUUCAGGGCUCGUCUAAUCUAAACUGGCUCUCUCCCUUUCUUUG